AUGCACGAGCAGCGCCACGGGCAACCGCUUGCGUGCAGCAACGCUAAAGAGAAUGGAUGCAUGCAGGAUCCUGACGUUACGCCGAAGCAGUCGAAGUCGUUGCCAUCGCGGGAGAUGCACCGACAGCAAGUUCUCUUUCGCGCUCAGCAGCUUCUUGAGCAAAAGAAACGUGACAUGGAAAACCGACAACAAGAGAAGGAAAGGAAAGCGAGUGAAGUAAAAUCAAAUGUGACAGGGGCUAAAUUGGAGGAGGUUCGCUGUAGGAAUCGUCUCACGGAGUACAAGGCGCAACAUGCCAAAUUGCUGCAAGCCAACCAGCAAUGCACGCGCGAAGAAAACCUGCGUGGCUCCUUUCAGCGUCUGCAAGAAGCGUCCAAUCGGCAACAAAACGGGGUGUUAUUUCAAAAGCUCCGCACAACCCAGCAACUCGUCUCCUCGUUGCAGCGGGCGAAGGUCAACCGUUCAUCGCUGGAGGCUGAGGCUGCAGAAAGGCGGCGCAUCUGCGAGGAGAGGGAGGAGGCUCGCCAGAAAGCAGUAGAGGAGGAAAGAAUUGCGAGAGAGAUUGAAUUGGAGCAGCGAAGACUUCUUCAUGAUGAGCGAGCACUAAAGUCUAUUGAGUUUCAACAACAACAGGAGCUUCUCCUUUGGGAAAAAGGACAGCAGCGUCAGCGUGAGCACGAGGAGCGGCUCUGGCGGCAUAGGCUGCAAAAGAUGAGAGAGAGGUCAGAGAGGAUGCAGCAUGGUGCGAGAGAAAGCUCGCGUGUUUUGAGUUCNCGGCCAAGAGAUGUGCAUGGAUCUUCGUUUAAUUCACAAGAGAAAGAGAAAGAGAAAGGAAGUCGUGGUUUUCACCGUGUCAUGACAUCACCGGGGUUUUAUCCGUGA